CCUGUAGCCACGGGUGAGAGAGGAGGUUGUUACCGGAGCCUCCGAGCUUAGCGUGUGAGAGAGAGAGAAGGAUCUGGCCGAUACUUGUUGAAGGACUCUCCGAGCUUCGUAUCUGUGUGUCUAUUCCUCUUCCUGUCUCCUCCUAUUCUUCCUCCUCCUUCUCCUCCUCCUCCUCCUCCUGCGACUUUAUUCGAACACCUGUGAAUAUUGCUGGUGCCCCGCGUGGUCGAAUCGAUGGAGUAGUAGUGGUUGUGCGAAAGACUUGUAUUAUCAUCAUCUUUCGGUCGCGUUUCGUUUCGACUGAACAUCGUUUCUCUUUGAGCAAAAUUCGGGAAAGAUAUUAGACGACGAGGGAAUGAAUAAGAUGUGCUAAAUAUUUUUUGAAGUUACGGUUUUAUUGAAAGAGUGAUAAGGGGAAAAAAUACGAGCUAAAAUGUGAUAUCAAUUUGUUUAUAUAUGUGAAGACGGGAAGGAUUACAGUGUCCCAUUUCACAGUGGAAAUAGAUAAAAAAAUAAGAAUUAAAACAUUUGCGAAAACCAGAGACAAGAAACGACGUAUCCACAGACACAGUGGUCGACUAUAUAUAGCCUCCAUAUAAUUAAUUGGACUAAUUAUCUUUGGACAAGAGGGAUCACCAUCGGAGAUCAUCAGAGGCAGCGGACGGGUUUUGAAAGCGACAGAAAUGGCACUGAGGCAAAAUGGCUAGAAGGUUGAAUGAGGGUUAGCGGCUUCACUAACAACUCCUCCUUCGUAAUUGAUAUCCUUCCUUUCCUCGUUUACAAAUUCAUUCCAAAAUCUUAGGGGAAAAAAAAUCUUUUGGUAUAAAACCGCGCAUAAUUCAGUCUUCAGUUUUAACUCGGAAUAAUCAUCAGAAUCUAGUUUGUGUACGCGUCAAGAUAGCUUUAAUGGCAUUUCACAUUUUGUAAAUAAUUUUCAUCAGCAACUUCUGCUCUCUGCUGCUUCCCCUUUUCUCCUUCUUCUUCAUCUUCUCUUUCAUUCUUACGACCUUCCUGGAGUGUUGUAGCUCCUCGUGGUCCUCGUUUUUGCCCUCGCGUUCUUCAGCAGCCAUCCGUUGGAUCAUAUCAAAAUGAAGUGUUUCGGGGACAAGAGUCGCACAUACCACUGUAAAGUGGUGCUGCUCGACGAACAGGAACUCAUUCAGGAAAUUCAGGACACCACAACGGGGCAGGACCUGCUGGAAAGAGUCUUCCAGCACCUCAAUCUUAUGGAAACGGCAUAUUUCGGACUUCGCUACCUCGAUCCCAACCAGACGCACUGGUUGGAUCCUGCCAAGAAAGUGGUGAAACAAUUAAAAGCUUUCCACUGGACCAACAGGCCGGGCACCUCACCGUUCACUCUCUACUUCAGCGUCAAGUUCUAUGCGGCCGAUCCUUGCAAAUUGGUGGAGGAGAUUACGAGGUACCAGUUCUUCCUUCAGGUGAAACAAGACAUCCUUCAAGGACGCCUUCCUAUAUCUCAGGAAUUGGCUGCUGAACUCGGAUCCUACGCCGUUCAGUCCGAGUUGGGUGACUAUGAUCCCCGAAGACAUUCUCCUGGCUAUGUCUCCGAGUUCAGGUUCGUCACGACGCAGACGGUCGCGUUGGAGAACAAAAUAGCUGAGCUUCAUAAAAAAUUAGUAGGACAAGUUCCUUCUAAGGCCGAAAUGUGUUACUUGGAGAAAGUCAAAUGGCUGGACAUGUAUGGGGUCGAUUUGCAUCCAGUGCUGGGAGAAGACAACAUAGAAUACUUCCUGGGUUUGACUCCCUCUGGUGUCAUCGUUCUGAGAAACAAGGCCAAAGUGGGAAAUUACUUUUGGCCCCGAAUAUCGAAGGUUUACUUUCGUGGAAGAUUUUUCAUGCUACGUGUGAGAGACAAAAAUAAUUCAGAAAACACGUAUGGAUUUGAGACGCCCAGCAAAGCUGCCUGCAAGCACUUGUGGCAGUGUUGUGUGGAACACCACGCCUUCUUCAGGCUGACCCAAGCGUCCGGCAAUUCACCAGCAGCCAUCUUUUCACUAGGGUCUAAAUUCAGUGGCCGUACGGAAAAGGAAGCUGUACAGGAUGCAAAACUUGGAUCCAGAACUCAGCCAGAAUUCACAAGAAUGCCCAGUAGAAGAUACCAAAGACGUAUCGUGGAGGGGGCACAAGACAAGGCUUUCCGUUGCUGGAUAAUAACAAAAGCCCCAAGGGUUGAAGACAUUGAAGUCAAACCUGAAACUCGAAGUACUGUUCAACUUCCUACACCUGUCUCCACGGUAUCUCACAUGUACCGCAGCACCUCCAUGACACUGAGUCCUAGGAGUGAUUCACCUCGCAGCACUAGAUCAGCACCUUAUCCGGCUGGAGUUGCUAGCUCAGGAGGCACAGCCACAAUUUUAGGUAACCGGAAUGGAGACCAUAGACCUCGUGGCGAGUCGCCACGAUCAGUUCACUCGGCUGCUGCCACUUCAGAAAACUGCAGAGUGUCCCGGAGAACGUCCAGUGUAGAUAGCCAGUCAUCUGUGGAUUCUAGGGGACACCGGAGGCACCGGAGGAGUCGUGGCCGAUCAUCAGACGGAGAGAGUGAAGCCAGCAGCAAGGGAUCAUCUCGAGGUCAUCGACGACACCGUCAUAGGCACCAUUCAGACGAUUCGGACCAUCAUCGCCAUCGUCAUCGCCGUCGUCGCCACAAGUCUGGUAGUGCAGUAAAUGAUGCCCAGUGGGUGGAAGUAAAGGAAGAACACACACAGGUGCGAGGGCACACUGCCACCGUCCGUGAUUUAACUCAUAAGAGUGGGUAUCAGCCUUCUGGUCAUGACACAGAAGCAGACUCACAGCAUCACCAGCAUUCCAAUAAGAAACGGCAUAGAAAACACAGGUCGCGCUCACGGUCCCCCUCGGAGGCCAAGAACAGUAGGUUGCCAGAUGAACUUCGUCAGCAUCUUGACUUCAAAUUACAAAUGGCCCAAGGCUUGACUGAAGCAGAACUGAGAGAGAUUCCUUACACUAAGGUAGAGACAGCAAAAACCAUCAAAAUAAAGUACACCUCUCCUAAAACCAAGAGACACAAGAGUCCAAGGCGAUCGAAAAGCAACUCGAGCGACCGAAAGGCAGGCACACCCCCAGCAGAUGGAGAAUCUCCUCCACCACCAUACACACCUUCACCUGCUAAUAAGAACAAUACCCUGCCCAAAUCUAGCAUUAAAGAAAAUCCAGAAGAUCAUGAUAAGAGUUCAGAAAGAGAAGGAAUGGUGAAUGGGACAUUACAUCCUGCUGGUCCAAGGUCUGCCCAAGCCUCAACAAUGGCAACUACCUCCAACACUCAGUCAGGUGAAAGAGCUUCUGCUAACAAAAGAUGGAGUGACUCUGCGACUACCACUUCAGUAAAAACUUCCUCUUCUUCAACAUCAAAUGGCAAUUCUUCCUAUGGGUACAUAGGAAGUAGCACUCACAAACCAGUUAUGGUGAAUGGGCCUAGUGUCAAGGCUUUAGUAACAAGUAGUGCCAGCACAGCAUCUCCGACAUUAAGUCAUGAAGCUUCCAGUCCAGAUUCAUCAACAUUCAUGGAAGAAAAUGGGGGAAGUUUUGCUUCUGGUAAUGGCUUUGUAAAUUCAGCAUCCAAUGGUUUCAAGAGUGUUACAAAUGAGCGAGGCUCUCACUUCACAGCUGUACUUAAGCCCCAACCAAGUCCCCAGUCUUCAGUGACAUCUGGAAUCAGCGUUGGGAGCUCCAGCAGAUCUGGGUAUACUUCGACUCUUCCAAGACCAGGAUCUAACAGCAAUCCUAAUGAUGUGGGAAUUCCCCCUUUUUCUUCAUCUGUGACCUCUUCCUCACCAGCUCCCUCUGCUUCUUCUGUCUUUGGAGGUUGUGAAAGUUCAACAAUGUCUAGAAAUUUCAGCAAUAAACCUCACAUGAAAACUACUGGUUCUCAAACAAACAACUUGCGUACUACUGCCUCGCAAACUAACCAAUCUAACCCGGGUCAGAGGGCUUCCAGCAAAUCUUCAUCCAAUAAAACAGCUGAAACAAGUCAAGGCAACCAGACAGCAAAUGGGACUAACCUGGCACACUCUGCCCUGCACUGGAAGGUGUAUAAUUGGGAUGCAUACAGGGAGGAGGCAGAGUGGUCUAAUUCUCUAGGGCGCAGCAUCAAAAGUCAAGGCCAAGAGGGUAAUCAAGCAUCAACAGCGGUAGUGAGCGAUAAUGCAGUGAACGCUGUCAAAGUGAAUGGGUUCUUUAAUGGUCAUCACACGAAUGGAAGUGGGAGUAAAACCUCCUUAACACUCAAUGGCUUUACACCGAAAUCAAAAACUGCCCCUAUUUCAGGAGAGUUCAUCAAGAUAAAUGGUAAAGUGAAUGGUCACUCUAAUGGUCAUGUAAAAAGCACCAUGAACAGCUUUACAAGUGGUAAUUUUAUUAUAGGAGAUAAUGGACAUUUUAAAAACUAUAGUGGACAUAUGAAUGGAUUUUCAAAAGGGUUCUUUGGUGGGCACCCAUCUGACCAUUCUAAUGCUUAUAUGAAUAGUAGUUUUGAAAUAGAAAGUAAAAACAAUAAAAAUGUGACUUUCAAAAUACCAGCAGAAAAAUCUCACCUUCGAAUCAGUAGUGGAAACAUUACAGAUGGUCCCUUAAGUGGCAAUCAUGAAGAAAAUAAUUUGAAAAUGAAGAAUGAUAUGGGACUUUGUGCCCCAUCAAAAGUGUCACUGAAGCAGGGUGAAGUUACAGAUGAAAUUAGCACUGAACUGUGAUAGCUUGUUGUUCUUGAUGUAAAUAUAAUGUUUAUUUUGUUAUUGAUUAAUUUCCAUUGUAUAUGUGUAAAAGUGCCAAAUGUUGAGUGAAAUUUAAAAUUUAAUUUAAAUACAAUUAAGGUUGAGUUUUCUACAGAAUUUUAAAAUCAGUACAGCAGAAUUAUCACAGAAUAUAUAGGUACUACUGUAUUGGUGAGAGCUAAGUUUUGUAAAUAGGUGUAAAUAUAUCAUCCAGUAACUGUAAAAUGCAGUAGGUUUGGUUGGGUUAAGAGUUUCAUUAUGAGUAAGAUAGUUAACUAAGAUCAGUCUUUAGAUGCUACAGCUUAAUGUGGAACAAAUUACUAUGUGAGAAUCCUUUGUAGUUUAUUAGGCUGACCCAACCUUACCUUGAGCUAAUCUUGAUCUCAAAGAGCUCAUCAAUAAAUACCUACCAGCUCUCUCCCUUCCUUUCUGAAGAAAGGUAGGUGAAGAGACUGUUGAAGUAAACACGAGUAAAGCACUGUUUUGACUGUCGCGCUGCAUCGUAUAUCUAAUAAUAAAGAUGAGUUUUAAGUGUAUACAGAACUGUUACUAUAUAUGUUUCAAUUGUAAUGUCUUUAAUGUACUAACUCUUUCAAAUGGCAUUCUUAUAAUUCUGUUCAUUAGCUAAUUUUGAUAUUCACUGUUUUGCACAUUAUCAUCCAGAGAUAAAAAAAAAAUGUGUAUGGUGUGCUCCAUGCGUUCUAGUGAGGCGCCCCGACAUGUUUAUCAUUUAUCACGAGUGGCUGCGAGGAGUCAUUUUGUACACAUGCAAUAUUCAACAUUUUGUCUUGUUUUUUGCACUGUAAAUACACUGUAAUGUGCCCUCUACCAAGACACCUACCUACACUGAAAUAUUUGUUGGUGUCUUCAGGUUAGAUGAAGCACAUGCUUAAACAGGACAAAAUAUUUCACAGUUAAGAGUUUCAAGCCAUUGCACAAGCAAAUGAUUUUUGAAACUAACUGUGGAAGUUUAUAAUUUACUAAAAUUAGUGUUGCUAGAACCUGUUAAUGCUAAGUUUUACAUUCCAGAUUGUCUGUA